AUGUCAGACGUCUCACUUUCAGAUUAUAAACGUUUUUUCAUAAACAUCUCCACACACGUUGCUGUCAUCCAUGUCAAAUGGCCUGCAUAUCGUUCUACCCACUCGGACCACAUCAAGCAGAACCACUCUCUCCUUAAUCAAUGGAUAAUGGACGAGGACAAGUCUCCUCUCCUCGCUCUAUUCACUCCCGAAUGGGGUGCAUCUGUCAUAAAAUAUUAUAAAAGUCUGGAGAAAGAGGGGAGCUUGAGGAGAAUUAUGUUCCAUAAAACACAUGACAUAUCCAAGUGUCUGAAUUGCGGAGAGAGAGAACGGGUUGUGGUAUGUGGAGAGAGAGAGAAACGAUGGACAAGAAAGAGAAAGUUUCCUAAUUGUAGAGUGUUUCAUGUAAACGAAGAUGAAUUUGAUUUCCGUCUCUACGUCUCUGGUCCAGCAGAACAUUUAGAGAAAUACCAUCCAUUGGAUCAAUUAGUGGCUUACUUUCCAUUCCGGAAAGAGAUCGCUGAUGACAUAUUUGGAUUUUACUCUAUCGAGCGCUCAUCGACACAUGAACAAAGUUACAAGCUAACGAGAAGGAAAAGAACAGAGAUGAAUGGAAACAUGGCCAUGAAAUUGUACAGAGUUGUUACUUUCAACGGAACUAGUACAUAUAACACAAUAAGUGCUUAUAACAGCCCAUUUAAUGGUAACAGGCUAAAUGCAAUGGGUGGACUUUUAUUACCGACGCUACCUCCAGAACUGAUUAUAUACAUACUGGAGAGUCUAGGCAGAGAAGACAUGUCGGAUUUGAUUCCGACUAUUCUCGUAUGUGCCAGAGUGAACAAGUGGUGGUGUAAUAUAGCUCGAAAAGUAUGGUACAAUCACUUGGACCUCUCGUCAAUAACACAAUUCACAAAACUAGCCUCGUCCACUGGCUCCAUGUUCUCUUACAUCAACCGUCUCUCAGUCUCGAUAACACUUCUCGACUGGAUGCUGUACAAUCCGUUCUGUCAGCGCACCUGCCAUUACACCUUUGAAUCAUCAGUUCUCUCAAUACUACAGAAAUCAACCAACCUACAAGAACUAAAAAUAUACUUUAAGCUUCCGCAUAGUCAACUUACGUAUACAUACCCAUUCCUAAUGUACAAUCGAAUGGAAACAUGUCAAGUAGCCGGAUGGGAAAUAAACACACCGCACGGAAAACGGAAUUUGAUACAAGACUCUUUGAUAAGAACCUUUAACAACUUGACUGCGCAGAUAGAAUCAUUGGACGAAAGAGAACCGACCGCAACAAAGGUGAUCAAACUCCGCAAGAUAGGUCACGACGCUCCCCUCAAGCUCUUGCUCUUCCAACCACCCAGUGAUGCCCUCAUUUCCGCUAUUCGGGCGUAUGUUCAUGCCUUUCGCGAUCGUCACGAUCGAUACUAUCAACAACUAUUCACUGCUCAUGUGACGAAUCAACAUCGAACCCGGUUCGAGUCUCAGUUGGAUCUUGGAUAUUUCAUGGUUGUGUGGGUUGUCGGACAUAAAGAUUGUUUCGACAGAAUCGACGCAUGGUUCAAGUCUACCAAGCAAUUUAGUGAUUGGGAUAAAGGAAUACCGGUUGGGUUCAUUGGAAAGAAUGGAAUGGUGAAAGUCGUUGAUGACGAGUGCGGAGUCAGCGAUAACGUUGUCAAGUUGCUUGGUCUGAGAUCAUCGCUAUUAAUCGGAUCGUACAUAUAUCGUCGAAGUCAAUAA